AUGGAGGGAGACAGGACCUCACCUUCUUUAAAAGAAAAACCACAGAAAAAGAGAUCUGAUCACUCUAAAAACAAAAAUAGAAUGGAGCAAAACCGAGGCGGAGAUGGUACACAAAUGACCUCAUUAGAAUCAGGCAUGGGAAGUUUAGGCCUUGAAUCUUCCAAGCGACCUAAAAGAGGCAGUUACUCAAGAUUACAGAGAAGUAUGGGACAAGGAGAUGCUCUUCAAUAUUCCUGGAAUGAUAAUCAGGCAUCAGGUCAGAGUGGUGCCGGCCAUCCACAGCCGAAACAGAACAGAAAUAAUGUCUAUAGUGCAGGAAAUAGACAGCAAAGAAACUUUUCAGACAAGGCUGAUAACAGAUCAAAGACUGCACAAGUAAAGAAAGAAUCCCAAAGAAAACAAGGCUUUAAAUUUGAAGAGUACUGGAGUAGAGAAGAGUUAUCAGCUGGGUUUAAAAGACACGAACUCAUAGAGGGUAAAAUUAGAAUAAAUCCAAAGAAUUUUACAGAUGCCUAUGUAGCAGUUCCUAAUGGUAAAAAUGAUAUUUAUAUUUGUGGUCUAUUGAACCGAAACAGAGCUUUAAAUGGUGAUAUUGUGGCUGUACAGAUAUUAGAUAGAGAUAACUGGAGGAUCUUAGAACAACAAUUAGAAAGCUAUGAAUCAAGUGUGAGUUCAGGAUCUGAAGCUGCAGCCAAGGGCGGUAACUCUAGUGAUAGUGGUGAAGACAGUGGACCAGACGUCAUUGUAGAAGGGGAAGAAAUUGUGGUGAAAAAUACCAACAAUAGUAAUAACAAUAGACUAGUCCGUGACAAAUUUUAUGGUGGAAAAAGCUACACUUCAGUCAAGGAUGUCGUUACAUCGGGAAGCCCUGCAGCCAAAGGACUAUUUAAGGAUAAGACCAAGAAUGAAAGAGUUGACUCCAUUGCUCAAAAAGUCGGAAAGGUUGUUGGUAUUUUAGAAAGGAAACACUCGAGGGCUGCCAGUGGUUAUAUUAAACUGAUGGAAGACAAGAAUCCACAAAAAGCUCUGUUUGCACCGUUUGAUAGCAGGGUACCUAGACUUAUAAUACCAAUGUCAGAAUGCCCUAAAGAUUUCUACGAGAGACCAAAUGAUUAUGCUACCAAUAUGUUUAUAGCUAGAAUAGUAGAUUGGCCAGCACAUUCUAAAAUGCCUCAUGGUAAUCUUAGUAGAAGUAUUGGAGAAGCUGGUCUGAUAGAACCUGAAACAGAAGCUUUAUUAAUAGAAAAUGACGUUGAUUUUAGUGAUUUUAGUGAGGAGGCUAUAAAAUGUCUGCCAACAGUGCCAUGGAAGAUUCCUGAAAAUGAAUAUAAGACAAGAAGAGAUUUUCGUAAAGAGUGUGUUUUUACUAUAGAUCCUGCUACAGCUAGAGACUUAGAUGAUGCCGUUUCGUGUCGUUACCUUGGCAACGACACAUAUGAAGUUGGUGUACAUAUAGCAGAUGUUAGUUAUUUUGUGGAUGCUAAAACAGAACUAGAUACAGUGGCAUCAGAGAGAGCUACUAGUGUUUACUUAACACAGAAGGUUAUACCUAUGUUACCAAGGUUACUAUGUGAAGAAUUAUGUAGUUUAAACCCAGAUAAAGAUAGACUAACAUUUUCUGUAUGUUGGCAUAUCAACAGUCAAGGAGAGAUAUCUAAAGAAUGGUUUGGUAGAAGUGUGAUCAAGUCUUGUGUAAAACUCAGCUAUAAUCAUGCACAGGGUUUUAUUGAGAAUCCAGAUAGAGAAUGGAAAGAAGAAGAGUUACCUCCCAUCUCUGAAGGUUUCACUGUAGAAGAUAUUAAAUCUAGAACUCUUAUUUUACAUAAGAUUGCCAAAUGUCUACGUAAAUACCGGUUUGAUCAAGGUGCUCUACGGUUAGACCAGGUGAAAUUACAGUUUAGCCUGGAUGAUGAAACAGGAUUACCUAAUGGUUAUACUGUGUAUGAACAGAGAGAUAGUAAUAGAUUAAUAGAAGAAUAUAUGUUGCUAGCCAACAUGGCUGUAGCUCAUAAAAUAAACAGUAGUUUUCCUGAGAAAGCUAUUUUAAGAUGUCACCCAGCACCACAAUCUAGAAUGAUUCAAGAAUUGAAAGAUACUUGUCAAGAAUUAGGAAUUGAUAUGGAUGUAUCAUCUUCACAAGCUAUUCAUCAAUCUAUAAUGAGAUAUGUAGGUAAUGAUGAAUAUACUACAGCUAGGAUGCAAGUUUUAGUGGCCAUGUGUUCUAAACCAAUGCAAAUUGCCAAAUAUUUCUGUGCUGGAAUGUAUAAAGAUGAAGAAGAUUACCGGCAUUAUGCCUUAAACGUACCAUUAUAUACCCACUUUACAUCACCUAUUAGACGUUAUCCUGAUAUACUUGUACAUAGAUUACUAGCUGCUUCACUAGAUUACUGUGAACCACUGAGUACAGACAAAGAAGAUCUGCAGAAAAUAGCCAGUCAUUGUAAUGAUAAAAAGACCAAUGCUAAAACCUGUUCAGAAACCAGUAAUGACAUCUUUUUUGCUGUUUUUGUCAAGGAGGCAGGUCCGUUUGAAGAGAAAGGAAUGGUAAUGGCAGUAUUAGACAGAGCUUUUGAUGUGUUUAUAUUAAAACUAGGUGUAGUUAAACGUGUCUAUUGUGAUAAAUUAGAAAUAAAAGACAAAGCAUUUGAUAAAGGUUCAAAAGUGCCAAAGUUAACAUUAACUUGGCCAUCAACAGAAGAAAAUCCAGAAGAAAGCCAGCAAGAAAUAACAUUAUUUACAUUAGUUGAUUGUGUAUUAAAAGCGGAUAAUGAACCUCUGAAAUGGACUGCUUAUAUUAAAAGAGGUAAAGAUUGAGACAGUUGGUUAUAGUGGUGGUAGACACAAAUUGACUGGUGUGAAAUUUUAUUGAUUGUAAGAUAGUUCAGAUUUAUUUUAAGUUUAAUUGAUUGUUAAAAGGAAUAUAAAAAGAUUGUGGAUUAAAGUACAGGGAUAUUGGGAUAACAGUAUGAAAG